AAAGUCCCCGGAGUAGUAGCCGUUGCCCGUUCGUUUCCGCUCCUUCCCAAAACAUUCGCGCGAUGCUCCUCCUCCUCUCCAAUUCCUCCUCCCCUCUCUUCCACUGCGCGAAUCCCCGCCCCUCUCCUCCGAAACCCUACAUGCGAAUCCACUCCCCUCUCCACUCGCCCCGCCCUCGUUCUCCCACCCCUCGAACCCACCUCUCCGCCGCGCUCCACCCCGUCGCCCUCCCCGACCAGGGCGGCGCCGAGGAGGAGCUCGCCCCGCCCUCGGCGGCGGCGGUGGCCGCCGCAGUCCGCCGCGCGUCGGCGGCGUCGCCUGUGGAGUUCACGCGGCGCCGCGUGGAGGAGAAGGAGGGGGAGGAGGGCGGCGGGGUCGUCAUGCCAAGCCCCGAUUUCCGGCGCCUCUGCGUCGAGCAGCUGCAGCUGUUCCGGAUGGUCGUCCAUCGGGAUGCUGCGUUGUCGGUCUACGUUAGGCCAGCAGGCAGUUAUGUUAUGGAUCAGUUAGAACUGCGUCAAGUUGCUAAUUUCCCGGGAAUUGAUGUUCCUGAGAUUUCGCAGUGUAUCUUAUUAGUUGCCAAUUUUGCUAUACCUGCUGGGCUACGUGCGGCUGAAGCUGCAUUGCUGAAGCAGCAAGUGGACUUUAUACCUGAAUCUAGAUCUUUCGUUCUUCCAAUGGUGAAACAUCCAUUUCUUGUGGGCUUCUUAGUUGUGGAGCUUCCAAAAUUGGAACUGGCUACAAAUAUGGAUGCACUUGGUACUGAAGAACAGUUACUGUAUAACCCUCCUAAAAAUAGAUCAUAUGAUUUGCCUUCACGUUCCUAUGGAAAAUUGUGGGAAAUUCAGCCUUCUGGAGAAGAUUUGCAGAAAGCUUAUGUUCAGUUUACUAAUGAGCAGAGAUCAAGAGCUAUUAUGAUUUCUAAUUCUUUGGCCAUGGCAUACGUCAUGGAUCAGAAAGCAUUGUUGCUCCAACAAACAUCCUGGCAAAAUAAUGUCAGAAUGAGUCAUUUAGUAGAACAAAUUCGUGGACCUCUUGCCAGCAUAAGAGCUCUUGCAAAAAUGUUGUCUCUUCAUCUGAAGAGAACCGAGAUUCCUUACGAUAUCAUCGAAGACAUACUCAUCCAAGGCGAUCAUAUGAAAGAUGCCUUGCAACAAAUUCAGGAUGUAGUCUAUCUCACCAAGGCUAACAUAGUACGUUGCAAUGAUGAAACACUAAAGAAGAAGCACAGUUCAGCAAAUGGUCAGUUAAAACCUUACCGAUCUUUGCCAUCGGAGAAUAGCUCAGAAGAUGUUGAAAACCUUGGUGUACAGAAGGUGGAUUCAUUACUGCCGCUAGUCUCAGAUAGAAAGGACACCGAGAUGCCUAUGCCACCACUUUGGCUUAUACCUCUUCAACAAUAUAAUACUAGACCAUGCGAUGUCUCAGAUGUGUUAAAGGAUUUGGUCGAAGCUGCUGCACCACUUGUUAAUAAGCAGCAACGCUCACUAGAACUCGGUGGAAUGUCUCAUCCUCUCCUAGUUGCUGUUGAAGAAUCUUCUCUGAGACAGGCACUCAGUAAUCUCAUAGAAGGCGCUCUUCUGCGGACUCACAUUGGUGGCAAAGUUCAAAUAUAUGCAGGUGGAGCACCUGGUGGCGGAGCACUUAUUGUCAUUGAUGAUGAUGGGCCUGACAUGCAAUACAUGACCCAGAUGCGUGCACUCACUCCGUUCGGAGUAGACCUUUUUGCGGAUGGUAUGCUGGGACAACAUGACGUGGAACUUCAUCGCAGGUUUGACUGUAGCUCGCGAGAUUCUGGAGAGCUUCGGCUGUGUCGUUCGCGUCGUCUCGCCCUGCAAGCCCAAUGCUACCAUCGGUACGGGAGGGACGCAUGUCGAACUAUGGUUGCCCUCUGUGCAGUCCGACUCGGCCCACCAGCAAGCGCAAGAAGCGUAGGUAAAUUUAUCUGUUUUUUCGGGUACUUACUGUUGUAAUCUGUAAGCUUCUUGUUUGUUCAUUCAAUAGUAUGUACAUAGUGUUGGCGGAUGAUUAGCAGUGGUGUGGACAAUUUAAAAGUUUGGUAACAAUAUAAUCAGGUUAUAAUUGACUUAUAUGAAGAUUGUUUAUGUAUAAUCAUUGUUUAAUCAUGCUCACAUUGUUAAUCCGUGAUA